AUUGUUGUCCAUGACAAAUAUACAUACACAUUGCAGAGAUAGAUGUAUGACUGUUAUAAAUAUAAGAGGAAGUAAAUACCUAUCACACCCACUGACGAAAUGGCGAAUACAGGAGUAUUACCGUUUGUACGCGGUGUAGAUUUCAGCAGCAAUGAUUUCGGAGUAAGCGGUGGCAAAUUUCCGGAAUCUGUUCGGCUCAUGACCGGAAUACAAUGGCUGAAAUUAGACAAGACAAACCUGAUGGAAAUCCCAGAAGAAAUGGGCAAACUGUUGAAAUUGGAACAUCUUUCACUGGUUAAAAACAAACUGGAACGUUUGUACGGAGAACUUACGGAGCUUGGUUGCCUCAGAACUCUAAACAUCAGACGUAAUAAUAUUAAAUCGAGUGGUAUACCGGCGGAAUUAUUUCAUCUGGAAGAGCUUACCACAUUGGAUUUGAGUUAUAACAAUUUAAAGGAAGUCCCGGAAGGACUCGAACGAACCCGUUCUCUGUUAAAUCUCAAUUUAAGUCACAAUCACAUAGACACGAUUCCCAACACGCUGUUCAUUCACUUGACUGAUCUGCUGUUUCUAGAUCUCAGUGAUAAUAAACUGGAGACACUGCCACCGCAAACUCGUCGUUUGGCCAAUUUACAAACAUUGAACUUGAACCACAAUCCAUUGGGACACUUUCAAUUGAGGCAACUGCCAUCGUUGAUGAAUUUAACGACCCUACAGAUGCGCGAUACGCAACGAACGUUAAACAAUAUCCCCUCGAGUUUGGAGACUCUCACUAAUCUUCAGGAACUUGAUUUAUCGCAGAAUAACUUGCCUCGGGUACCGGAUGCCCUUUAUUCCCUGUUGAAUUUGCGCCGCUUAAAUUUAAGUGAUAAUCAAAUAACUGAAUUGUCGACAGCUAUCGAACUUUGGACUAAGCUGGAAACGUUGAACAUAUGCCGUAAUAAGUUAACCGCGAUACCUGCUUCAUUGUGUAAAAUCGUUACACUCCGAAGAUUAUACUUGAACGAUAAUCAGUUGGAUUUCGAAGGUAUUCCUUCAGGGAUUGGCAAGUUGUCAGCUUUACAAGUAUUUUCCGCAGCCAAUAAUCAUUUAGAGAUGAUACCAGAAGGCUUAUGCAGAUGCGGGUCCUUGAAGAAACUGAUAUUGUCGUCCAAUCGAUUAAUUACCGUGCCGGAUGCUAUCCAUUUGCUUACCGAUUUGGAACAACUAGACUUAAGGGAUAAUCCCAAUUUAGUAAUGCCACCGAAACCAACCGAGGUACAAAAAGGCUCAGGCAUCGAAUUUUAUAACAUUGAUUUUUCUCUGCAACAUCAACUGCGACUCGCUGGCGCCAAUGUACCAGCACCGACUCAAACCGCCAGUAGCAAAGAUCCGAUAGCUCGUAAAAUGAGACUUCGCAGAAGACGCGAUCAAGAGGAGGCAGACCAGGAUCAAGCUAAAAUAUUGAAGGGCAUGAAGGAUAUAGCGAAGGAAAAGAACAAGGACAAGGAAUGCGAAGAGUCUAAAGCAGAAUCAUUGAAACCUAAACGAUGGGACGAAACUCUGGAGAAACCGCCGUUAGAUUAUUCAGAAUUUUUCGACGAGGAUGCCGGUCAAGUACCUGGUCUGUCGGUAUGGGAGAUAGAAAACUUUUUGCCGAACGAAAUAGAAGAAGUGGCGCAUGGCAAGUUUUACGAAGGCGAUUGUUACAUCGUAUUGAAGACUGAAGUCGAUGAAACCGGUUCUUUGAUUUGGGCGAUCUACUUUUGGAUAGGGGAAAAGGCUACGUUGGAUAAAAGAGCUUGUGCCGCGAUCCAUGCUGUAAAUUUAAGAAAUUAUCUAGGCGCGCAAUGCCGUACAAUUAGAGAAGAACAAAGCGAGGAAUCCGAUGAAUUUUUAAUGUUAUUCGAAUCGGGCAUCACUUACAUCGAAGGAGGCCGUACCUCGUCUGGGUUUUAUACAGUUGAAGACACGCCGUUUAUGACAAGACUAUACAGAGUUCACGCCGCGGGUGCUUCGAUUCAUUUAGAACCUGUACCAGUGCGUUUCGAUUCCCUGGAUUCUGGUUUCGUAUUUGUCCUGGACACAGGCACCAAAAUCUUCAUGUGGUACGGCAAGAAUGCGAAAAGUACGUUAAAAUCGAAGGCACGAUUAAUGGCGGAAAAAGUGAAUAAAAACGAAAGGAAAAACAAAGCCGAAAUCGUAACGGAAAUUAUGAAUUCGGAGUCGGACGAAUUUCUGUCGCGAUUGAACGUGAAAGAUUCGUCGCAACUUUUACCGAUCGUUGAACAUGUAGAUCCAAAUUUUGUAGCCCUCACUCCUCGUCUGUAUCAAGUUCAACUUGGCAUGGGUUAUUUGGAAUUGCCUCAGGUCGAAGUACCUCAUGGAAAAUUAACAAAUACGCUCUUGAACAAUCGGAAUGUUUAUAUACUGGAUUGUCACUUGGAUGUUUACGUUUGGUUCGGUAAGAAAUCAACAAGAUUAGUGCGGGCAGCAGCCGUUAAAUUGUCGCAGGAAUUAUUUAACAUGAUAGAGCGACCGGAGUAUGCCAUGGUAACCAGAUUACAAGAAGGAACCGAGUCUCAGAUCUUCAAGUCUAAAUUUACCGGCUGGGAUGAAGUCAUAGCUGUCGAUUUCACUAGAACUGCCGAAUCAGUCGCUAAAACUGGUGCCGACCUUACGAAAUGGGCUAAACAACAGGAAACGAAGGCGGAUUUGGCCGCUCUUUUCAUGCCUAGACAGCCGCCGAUGUCGUAUUCCGAAGCUCAGCAACUUAUGUCCGAGUGGAACGAUGAUUUAGAACGCAUGGAACGAUUUGUAUUAGAAGGGAAAAAAUUUGUACGUUUGCCCGAAGAAGAAUUUGGGCAUUUUUAUAGCGGCGAUUGUUACGUUUUUCUAUGUCGUUAUUGGAUGCCGUUAGAUAUCGCUGAAAACGAGGACGGUGAAGAACAGUUCGAAGAAGAUUACCAAUGUACGGUAUAUUUCUGGCAGGGAAGAGACGCAGGAAACAUGGGAUGGCUAACGUUUACGUUCAGUUUACAGAAAAAAUUUAAAUUGCUAUUCGGAGAGAAUCUGGAGGUUGUAAGAACUCAUCAACAGCAAGAAAAUCUGAAGUUUUUGUCGUAUUUUAAAAGAAAAUUCAUUAUCCACCAUGGUAAGCGUAAACAACCUAAGCCAUCUGAUAGUAACAGGGUUGAGUUUUAUCACUUAAGGAGUAAUGGAAGUGCAUUGUGUACUAGGCUGAUACAAAUACCAGCUGAUUCAUCAUUGCUGAAUUCUUCUUUUUGUUAUAUUUUGAACGUACCGUUUAAUAACGCCGACGAAACAGGAAUCGUGUACGCGUGGAUUGGCUCUAAGGCGGACAGCGAUGAAGCGCGUCUGAUCGAAGAAAUCGCCGAAGAAAUGUUCAAUAAUCCAUGGAUAAGUCUUCAAGUUUUAAACGAAGGCGAAGAACCCGAUAACUUUUUUUGGGUAGCCCUUGGGGGGAAAAAGCCAUACGAUACUGAUGCGGAGUAUAUGAGCUACACUAGAUUAUUCAGGUGUUCAAAUGAAAAAGGAUACUUUACUAUUAGUGAGAAGUGCACUGAUUUUUGUCAAGAUGAUUUAGCAGACGACGAUAUUAUGAUCUUGGAUAAUGGUGAGCAAGUAUUUUUAUGGCUCGGUAGUAGAUGUUCGGAAGUAGAGAUCAAAUUGGCCUAUAAAUCUGCUCAGGUGUACAUUCAACAUUUGCGAGUAAAGCAACCAGACAGACCGCGCAAAUUGUUUCUUACCGCGAAAGGAAAAGAAUCGCGAAGAUUCGCCAAGUGUUUUCAUGGUUGGAGUUGUCAUAAAAGGCCGCUUCAAUAAAGUAGAUUUAUCAGAAUUUGGUUUUUCGAUAUCAUUUACAUCGAACGAAGGCCCAACGUUUUUAUCUAGGAUAACAAUAUAGCAUGGUUUUAUUAUAUUGUAUGCAUA